UGAAGAAUUUUCAAAUAUUACUAGAAAAUCACCUGUUAUUCUACUGUAAUGAAUGCUCGUGAAAAAGACGAUAGCCUAGCCUUUCUAACCUCCAAGGAUUGUAUGUGUCAAGUUGACAAACGUAUUGUGAGAUCAAUCUGCAGAAUGGUUGCUCAUGGUAUCGAGUACCUUUGCACCCACAUAGGGCAGUGUAAAGUCGUUGAGAUUGCUUUCUGCAUAUCCGUUUUAGCAUUAGAAGGAGGAGUUUGGCAUGAAACUGUGUUAGAUGGUCUUUUUGCAGUUGCUAUCGCUGGACUGAUUGUAUCCCUCGCCUUGUUAAUACUGAGCAUUUUUUUGGGAUACACACUGGAUUCUUACCUGGUUUGUCAAGCAAUACCUCUUUUACUUCUUGGUAUUUUAUCUGUGGUUUUCGGUAUUUAUACAGCGGUGGAAUAUGAAGAACGGAAAGAUACGUUGCUUAUAGCAGGAAUUUUUGGAUUUGUGACAGGUUGUGUCUAUAUCAUAGACGCAUUUUUAGCUUUUAAAAACUACUACUGA